GAAUCACGAACACGAACAUCGAGAAUGAUGACCAUGAACAGAAAUCUGGUAUGCACUAUAUUCAGACGUUUGGAGGGUGUGUGUUCCCAGGACAUCACCGAUAACCCGUUCAUCCCCUUUGGCGGCCCAGCAUUGGUGAAGUGCGAUGAAAGCAAAUUCAAUCAUAAGGCGAAGUACAACAGAGGAAGACGUGCUCCAGAUGUGUGGGUAUUUGGAGUCAUCUCAACAGCUACGAGACCUGCUAGGGGAUUUUAUGAAGUGGUUGCCAGAAGGGAUCACAACACUCUUUUACCGAUUCUCGAGAAGUGUCUCCUUCCUGGGAGUGAGGUUAUCACGGACGACUGGGGCGCCUAUGAAAACCUUGAGCAGCAUCUUCCCAAUCACGUAGCCCGGCAUCGAGUCGUUGUCCACGCCGACAAUUUUGUUGAUCCAGCGACAGGGGUACACACCCAGGAAGCAGAAUCGGUGUGGGCAAAUUUGAAGGCUCCUAUUAAAGCACAACGUGGCAUUUCACAUGAUGACGUUCAGACGUAUCUCGAUGAUAGGAUGUGGAGGCAAUGGCGAGGUCUAGACAAUAUCAUUGGAAAUUUUUUGCCUGUCUUAGCCUCGCAAUAUAGGGACUACGUAAUUUAA